AUGAAUGCCCUUCAUUCCCUCCGCCAUCUCAUCGCAAACCAUCCGCUGAUUGACAAUCAUGCGCACAAUUUGCUGAGUCGCGACGUGGCCAUCGACUACGAUAGCUACCCGUUAGAAUCUAUCACAUCCGAAGCCCACGGUCGCGCUUUGGAAAAUGCUCGGUUCACCCUGCCUUUAUUGCGGGCCACCAACCAGCUUGCUGAGCUCUACGGAAGUCCCUGUGCAGAAUGGUCAGAUGUAUUAGCUGCCCACAGCCGAUGGGUAGAGCAGGAUUACGAAGGUCUGAUCAGACGGAGCUUGGAAGGCACACACGCUUUGCUUCUCGAUGAUCUCUUAUCAGACGACGAUGUUGAGUCUUACGACUGGCACGACUCAUUCACCGUCUCUGCGACAAAACGCAUUGUCCGAAUUGAGGCGAUAGCAGCCUCGCUUCUUGUGGAGCUGAUGAGCACGGAACGACAAGAAGGCCAGACGGUGUGGGGUCUAUUCCGCCAGCAAUUCCUUGAAAAGCUCGAGCACGCAAUGGACGAUCCCGCCGUUGUGGGGUUCAAAUCGGUGGUCUGUUACCGGACGGGACUAGAUGUCGACCCCCACACCCCAGAUGAGGAUCUGUUGACAGCCUCGCUCCACCGGACCCUGGAUCUGGGUACCAGGAAAUCGGGUUACCGGAUCGAGGAAAAGCCGUUGAAUGACUGGCUGGUUCAGCAGACGCUAAAAUUGAUUACUUGGAGGAAGAGGGCUGGUAUUGUUAAGCCCCUUCAGUUUCAUACCGGGCUAGGCGAUAACGAUAUCAGCCUUCUGCGAGCGAAUCCUGCUUAUCUUCAACCGUUAAUCGUGCAAUACCCCGAUGCAGAUAUUGUGUUAUUACACUCGGCAUACCCGUAUACUCGCGAAGCUGGAUAUCUGGCAUCUGUUUAUCCCAAUGUAUACCUAGAUCUUGGAGAGGUGUUCCCAAUGGUCAGUCGACAAGCCCAGGAAAAGAUUCUACAGGAGAGUUUGGAAGUUACACCUACCAACCGUCUGCUGUGGAGUACGGAUGGUCAUUUUCACCCGGAAACGUUUUGGCUCGCCAACAAGCAAUUCCGACAGGCGCUAGAAAAAAUAUUUGUCGAAUACGUCAACCACGGCGACUACAUUGUUUCACAGGCCAAGGCAGCAGCAGCUGACAUUCUAUUCCACAACUCAAAUCGACUCUACAAAUUAGGCUUGGAGCCUCAGUAUGAAGGUACCGAGCAGUCAUUGGCUCCACUUCGCCAGACAAUUCCAAUUGCAUCCGACCCCCUGGAUGCAUUCUUGCAGGCUAACCCUCAAAUCGAGUACAUCUGGAUGCAAUGGGUGGAUUACACGGCAACAGUGCGAGUGCGCAUGUUUCCACUUCAAGAGUUCCUUCUCAUUGCACGAAAUAAAAGGCGAAUCGGAAUCGCGUUAGCCGCGCUAACCAUGCUUCAAAAUGACGUGGUCAUUCCCGAAGGCUUAACUACGGGGCAAUUCUAUAUGCAGCCUGACUUUGCCAGCCUUUACUUGAAUGGAAGUAUGGUGGCACCAGCUGCACCCAGUGCCACUGUUAUGUCAUUUUGGAAAUCAGAAGACGGCGAAGGAUUGGAAGGGUGCCCAAGAGGUACACUGCACAACAUUGUCGAUAAGCUGCAUAAGAGACACAACAUCGACAUCCUAUGUGGAUUUGAGGUCGAGGUAGUUUUCAUCAAAUCACAGGAAGAGACGACAACUUGCGACCCCGCAACAACCAUUCAUUCUUGGUCGCAGAUGACUACACAAACAAGACGAAUGGUACCCAUCCUCGAGGAAAUAACACGGGCAUUGGUGUCCAUGGGAAUCAAACUGCAGCAAUUCCACGCCGAAUCUUCGCCCGGUCAAUUUGAAUUCAUCUUACCACCAUUGGGGCCCCUGGCUGCGGUGGAUGCCCUCAUCGCCACUCGCCAAGUCAUCACGACAGUCGCAGAUAGACAUGGUCUGCGCGCAACACUCCACCCUCGUCCUUUCCCUGAUGGAGCAGGCACUGCCUCCCAUACACAUAUCUCCAUCAACCCUCCGACCAGGGAAGAUACAUUCCUAGCUGGCAUGCUCAAUCAUUUCCGUUCAAUCAUCGCAUUUACCCUCUCGCAAGAUGCAAGCUACGAGCGUGUCCGCUCGGGUAUCUGGUCAGGAUCGGAAUGGGUCGCCUGGGGCUUCCAGAACCGCGAGGCUCCAAUCCGCAAGAUCAGUCCCGGUCACUGGGAAAUCAAGUCAAUGGAUGGCCUAGCAAACCCCUACUUCGCCGUCGCCGCCCUCUUAGCUGGAGGCUAUAUGGGCCUGGAGGCAAACACACCAUUGACUGUAAAGCAGUGCGGGGUUGAUGCGUCCACCUUGACCGAUUCCCAACGCUCCGAGCUCGGAAUCACAACUCAAAUCCCGAAAUCCUUGGACGAAAGUCUAGUAGCACUUGAGGAUGACAAGGCUAUGCAAAAUCUGCUUGGUCCAGCCUUUGUUCGGAACUAUACGCUCGUCAAGCGGGCGGAGUCGGCUAGCCUUUCAGCCAUGUCGGAGUCGAAGCGACGGCUGUGGAUUGCUGAGAGAUAUUAA